UGCUUAGCCUGAAAUCUACUAUAUAACAUUUUCUCCUCAAAAUGUCCAUGUUCCCUCCAGCUCCGAAACCGCCAACCCUCCUUGGCUACCACCGAGUCCUCUCCCCCUCGGCUGGCGUCAAAGUGUCGCCGCUGUGUCUGGGGGCCAUGAACUUCGGUGAUGCCUGGAAAGAAUACAUGGGUGAAUGUAACAAGGAGCAGACUUUUGCUCUCCUUGAUGCCUUUUACGAAGCUGGCGGGAACUUUAUCGACACUGCAAACAACUACCAGCAAGAAGAAAGUGAGAAGUGGAUCGGCGAGUGGCUGAAGAAGCGCGGUAACCGUGAUCAGAUGGUCAUUGCAACAAAAUAUACAACCGGGUUCCGCACCUCUCACCGAGCGACCGAGCCUCUUCAAUCCAACUUCGUUGGCAACAGCUUCAAGUCCAUGCGCGUCUCCGUCGACAACUCCCUCCGCAAGCUUCAGACAGACUACAUCGACAUCCUCUACCUGCACUGGUGGGACUUUACAACGAGCGUGGAAGAAGUCAUGCACGGGCUCAAUAGCCUGGUAACUGCCGGAAAAGUGCUCUACCUUGGUGUGAGUGAUACACCCGCAUGGGUCGUCGUCAAAGCGAACGACUAUGCGCGCGCGCACGGCCUCAAGCCUUUCUCGGUCUACCAGGGGAAGUGGAACGCCGCCUACCGCGAUAUGGAGAGAGAGAUUGUCCCCAUGUGCCGCGAUCAGGGGAUGGGGAUUGCGCCGUGGGCGCCGCUUGGUGGCGGCAAGUUUAAGAGCGCAGAGGCCCGGAAGGCUGCGAGCAGCGGUGGGAGUAACCGCGGGGCGGAGAUGAGCGAGAGCGAUAUCAGGAUCUCAGACGCGCUGGAAAAGAUUGCGGAGAGGAAGAAGACCACUUUGCAUGCUAUCGUGAGCCACCCUUGCCAGUACCCAUAUCUGUAUUCGAUCACUGACCAGUGCCCAUGCCAGGCCCUCGCAUAUGUCAUGCACAAAACGCCCAACGUCUUCCCCAUCGUUGGCCAGCGCAAGAUCGAGCACUUGAAGGCCAACAUCGAGGCGUUGAGCAUUUCACUUUCUGACGCUGACAUGGAUGAGAUUGACGGCGCCACUGAGUUUGAUGUCGGAUUCCCGAUGAGUUUCAUCUUCAGGGAGUUCACAGGCAGGAAUACGGCUGCGGAUGUUUGGCUUACGAAGGCUUCUGCGCUUAUUGAUGCGCCGCCACAGCCAGGGCCUGUGAGGCACCGCGAGGCUGAGAGAUAGGUAAGAGUGCUAUGUCUGUGUUGGGCUGCUUGCCGAGAGGCUUCAAGUAGAAUGUCCAGAUCAAUUGUAGCUGCUGGAAAUAAGUAUUAUUAUUGGUGACUUGAGUUCUAGCAAUGCCAAUUUAUCAU